AUGCUCCCGCCGGCGCGAGAGCCGAGCGAUGUCUCGGCGUCGCGACAGCCACCUUCUCCGCUGGAAUCACCCCCCGCCGCCUCAACGAGCAAGGAGAGCCAGCAGCAGCAGCAGGAGGAGGCCGGAGAAGGAAACCAGGUUGUCGAUGCGGUGUUGUACGCGAUCAACCUCGGGUGGCCGUGGUCUCAAGUCGCUGCCCUCGGCGAGAAGGUCGUGUCGCCGCAGCUGCAGCAGCAGCAGGCGGAGAUGUCGGAAGAGGCGAGUCGAAUCGUGGAUUCGAUGCUGGGCAUGAUAAAGCUCGGCGUCAAGCUUGGCUGGCCGUGGACUCCGGAGAGCACGAGUCCGGCGGCCGCUGCUCCGAACCAAGAAGGGGUGAUGACGGGGGCAACGCCGCCGCUGGACGGCGAAAGCAAAGAGCUGCCCUUGAGUUUCCCCCAGGUUCCUCCCGACCCGCCGCAAGAAGAAGAGGGGGUGGGUGAUAGUGGGCCUCCUACGCGCGGUGGCCGCAGCUUUUCCCGGGUAAAGGAAGCCAUCGUCGGGACGGUGCUCGGCUCUCGGCUCCUUCGCACAACGACGACGACAGGCGGUGCCCCAGGGGCAAUAACGAAGCGGAGUUCCACCGCGGAUGAUGCUGCUCCACUCCCGAGCGUGGCCGGCGCCCCCGCUGCGCCGCCGCGUUCUGCUGCCCCGACGCUUUCGCUCCCGCCGGCCGCUGCAGCGCUGCGGCGGAUUGACGGUAGCAGUGCCGGACCAGCCCCCGCCGGCCGCGCGCCGUGGCGACCGCCGGGCUAUCGCUGGGGCAAAUCCUUAGUCUCCAACAUGAGCGGCUUACCGGGUGUAGAGAGCGAGCGGGUGACGGCAACCACUGACGACGGCGGCGGCAGUAGUAGCGGGAGGCAGGUCGCGGGGGUGGGUGCAGCCUCUGCUGGUGCGGGUUGGUCGCCGUCGGCUGCUGCUGCGGCAGACGAACAAGGGGGGGCAACCGAGGCGACAGGGGGUGUCCAAGGGCAGCAAGAAGAGGCGCGGCAGCGGCAGCUGUCGUCGAGGAGAAUGAGCGUUUUUCGUGCCCUCUCUACGACGGCCGGCGGGGUCGCAACUCGACUCCCUUUGAUGAAAAAAUCACGCAGUGACGACGCGCGGGAGCAGGACUUGCCCGAUCAGGCGUACAACAGGAACAGUGUUGGCGAGUGGGCGUCGGUUGAGGUUUCUCCGCCUGCCUCCACCAAAGCAGACGCGGCGGAAGGAGGCGCCAACGGCGCGCAGGGCAGCGGCGGCGGCGGCGGCGGCGGUGGCGGCGGCGUGCCUUGGUGGCAGGCAGGGGCCGCCGUGCUGGUUGGCGUCGGGGCCGCGCUUUACAGACCCGUCAACAGACUGCCGGGAUUGUUAUUCAAGGAUGAGAAGGAGGAAGAACAGCGAAGACGACAAGGGGAGGAGGGGCGGCAACAGGGGACGCUUUCGCAGGUGGACGCUACUACGAGUCCAGCGAGUUUCCAAUUGGCUCGUCCAGCCGAAGAGGUGGCGUCGGUGCCACCGGAGCCGCGACCGAACCCGCCGCCGCAGGAGCCGCCGCCGCAGGAGACGACCACCUCCGGUUCGCGCGCUCGGCAGGGGGUAGCAGGCUUGGUGGACAGGGCGGCGACGAUGUCGAGGAGGGCGAGGCUGUGGACACUCUUGAAGCGCAGGUCACGUGCUCGCGCGGAGCCCCUUCUGACGAGCGUGGACACGAGCAUCAUGUCGCUCACCCCGUCCGAGCUCCUAUCGCCACCGGUGGAAGAACAGGAGACCGCGCUGUCAUCUUCGAGCGGCAGGGGCCCAGAAGAGUCGAUAGGUGGGGGGGCGGGGAAUGGGGACGCGACAGCGACGAGCGAGGUCAGCGCCCCCCAGGCCGUCGGCGGCGCGGGGUGGAACCUCUUCGGGUUCUUCCCGAAGGACAAGUUUUCCGACUACCUGCCCGCCGGCCCAUCGCCGGUGGUGGAGGGAGAGGAGGAGGAAGAUGACGAGGACGAGGAAGAAGGGGAAGAGGAGGAGGAGGGGGAGGAGGAGAAGGAGGAGGAGAGUGUCGUGGUAUCGAAAGCGGUGGCAGCGGCGGCGGAGACGGUGGCGAAGCUGGCCAAGGCAUCUGCUUCUUGGAGCAAAAGCGGCGACACCGAAGAUAACGAACCUGAGGCGGCGGCGGCGGCAGCAGCGCCGGCGUGGCCGAAAUCGGCCUGGCUGAAAGGUCUAGACCCGAGGGCGCAGGUGGAGGCUGCCAUGCGCGACGCUCUCCGCUCGGCGUUCGGCUACGGCCUGGUGGCGCCGACGGCAGGCGUUCCGGCCGAGACGCUCGAGGCUGCCACCCUAGCCGCCGGCAACGCGGCGGUGGCGGAGGGCGCCAAGCAGCUGCUCGAGGGGAAGAGUAGCAGCCCGACAGGCCGAUACCUGGACGAGCUGGGACCCGGCGGGGGGGGGGGGGGGGGGAGCGGGGACGCCGCCGCCGCCGCCGCCGAGAAGAAAAAGACGGACGGCCUGUGGCUUGGCGCCGAGGCGGCGGCGUACGCGGCAGGGGCGGCAGCCGGGACGUUGCGCGACCGGUCUUCACACCACCACAGCGAUCUGGAGUGUGUAUCCGCUGCACAAUUUUAG